UUCAGAGCCUGAGCCUGAAAUCUAUGAUGAUCCAGAUAAGCAUGAGCCAGCCCCACCUUUCAGGGAAAUACGCGGACCAAGUAUCACAAGGCAGAGACAUGCAAAUUCCGUCAGACAGUCACGUAUUGAAGAGCCUCCAAGUGCAACAGAAAAGCGCAGAUCACAAACACUGCCUAUUGGAUCGAGUCUCUCAUCUGCUGCUUCAGCUGCACCACACUCCUCUGGACAGGAUGACUUGGCUAUGUACACUUCAGGACAGCAAGAACUCAUCAAGCUACAGAAGGAGGUGAAGGCAGGCAUAUACACAGUGGAUGAGGCAGCCAUCAUAUUCAAAGAAUGGCAGAUGAAAGAGAGAGAUCGAGCCAUGUCAUUUGCCCAGCAGCAAAAGGAAAUGGACAACUUGCGUGCAAGUGUUCAGCGCAGGGCAAAGAAAGGUCAGCCCGAGGUCGGCCCGCCCAUCCCAAAGCAUGGGAGAGAUGACGGGAUAUAUGGCAGGGUGCUACACAAGAUCAGAAGAACCCCUAGCUAUGAGGGAGGGCAGCAAGAAGCAUUGAGCAAGCAGCAGAGAAAGACUCCAGGUAGACCUCCUUCUUCUAAACGACCUGGUGAAGGGAACAGGGAGAGCACACUGAGUAACAGUAGCUCCUCCUCUGGUGGAUCGAGGCACAGUGUGAUGAGCACAGCUAGUUUGGACAGCGGCAUGGAUGUGCCGCCAGCAGACAUUCCUGAAGAGACCCCACCUCCAAUUCCUCUGCACAUCCCUAGGAGACCCCGGCCCCUGUCUGUGAAGUUUGAUGAUGACUUCAUAGCCAGGCCUGUUCCCCCUCCCCCGGUUAGUAAGCGUCCCCUGCCCAGGGAACCUCCUUCCCCAUCUGUACCUGUAAAACCAGGCCGCCUCCAACCAAGACACACUGAACCAGAUAUGAGUCCAAGGCUUCCUCCAUCCACUGCUCCCCGACCUUCAUUACCAACAUCAAUGAGCGAAGUCAAUGCCGAGUUGGCGAAGAAAUUCGGAAAGCUUUCUUCAUCUUCGGCUGACGAUGAAAUGGGCAGUGACAGGCGUGCCUCUCCCAGAGAUUCACCCCAACAACCGUCCUCCCCAAAGCCGCCGAGACCUCCACAGCGCGGGUCCAACCCACAACCACCACCGAGGCCCCCGAGGAAGCCUAUGAACUAAGCAUCUAUCCAGGUUAGGUCAUGGACUGUGAUGGCACUAAUGUCAAGACAACCCUUUGUCAGAUUAAGUGCUCAAAGGUAGCAAAAGAGAGAGCUGUACAAUUGUUGUUCAGUUAUAGAUUAAUAUUGUCCUUGGCCAACCAGGUAUGCUGACAACAGAAAAACCUUGAAAAUAGAUUUGAUGUGGAUUUCUUCAAUGGAGACCAGAUGCAAGUUAUCAAGAGUUUACUCUACUUAAAUAUAUAUACUAGUACCCAUUUAGCAGAGUGAUAUUAUAAUCAUAGCUUUUUGAAUUGCUUUAGGUAUGAAAGUUAGGUAUAUAACUUUAUAAUCAUUGAUAAAGUUUGUACCAAAAGUCAUUAACUUUUUUAUCAAUGUUUUAUUGUAGUGCUAGUUUCUUUUGCAUUUGCUUGUACUUCAGGCAACAUGAGUACGUUUUUAUAUUUUUAAUGCAAGGUUGGUACGAGAUAAGUGUGUGGGGCAAAUUAAAUUACCAUGGCUGAUCUAAUCAACCUGAUAAUUCUAAUGGUUAACAAAAAUUUCCAUCAGUUUUGAAAGUAUACAUUCAAGAUAUUAAUGUUUUUAAGAGUUUUAAGAGAGAUAGAAUAAGGAACCAUUAUUAGUAUAGUAUAACAAGACUUAUGCCUUUAUUUUUAAAUCAAUAGCAUUUUGAUGUCUUGAAAACAUUGGACAGGACAAUGUAACCCUGUAUAAUAUUUGUUGAUCUUUCUAAUGUUAUUUGACAAUCCAUUAGAUACAGGUAGAUAUCAAACUGAUGUUUAAGAAAAGAACAGAGACUCUACUGCCAUUUUGAUUGUCAUUCAGCACCAUGGACAGAGAUAGUGCUGUCAGUGCAAAUGUCAUUGGGCAGCCAGGACAGAGUCUGUGCUGUCAGUAUGAAUUGCAUUCAGCUACGAGAAUUUAAACUGUGCUUUCAGUGUGAAUAGUAUUUAGCACCAGGGAUAGAAUCUGGGUUUCUAGUGUGAAUAGCAUUCAGCCCCCCAUGACUGAGACGGUGCUGUCAGUGUGAAUAGCACUCAGCACCAAGGACAGAGAUUGUGCUGUCAGUGUUAAUAGCAUUCAGCACCAAGGACAAAGACUGUGCUGUCAGUGUGAAUAGCAUUCAGCACCAGGGACAGAUACUGUGUUGUCAGUUUAAAUGUCAUUAAAAUGAUUAAAUGGCAAAUAGACUGAAAAAUAUGAAUAGGAACCACAUGUAAAAAAUACAUACCGUUGCCUUUCCUGUGCCUUUUCAUAAGAUCAUUUGUAUAUGACUUUUUUGUAUCACAGGUGGGCCAUUACAAAAACUAUAGGAACCGCUAUAAGGGUGCUAAAUGUGACAAUUUGAUGCUUCCUAACCCAUCUAAGAAAUAAAGAUGAACUUUCAGCAUUACAUAAAAAAGUAGACACUAACCUGAAGUUACUACAAUGUGUAACAUUAUGUCAUAAAAGAUUAGUAUUCAAAACGUAGGUUUAGACUUCUCUUUUUGUUAGUUAACUAUUCCAGAGGUCUCUAAGCUGACUAUUUUUAUAUAAUGGCCCAUGUUCUGAUUUACAAACUAGGUGUAAGCUGCAAAGAUCCAUUUUGUUGGUCAAUACAUAAAAAAAAAGUUUUGCAUGUAAGUUUCAUGUAUGGCACACAGUAAUGCUGUACAUGUGAUCUAAUGUUUUAGAUAUUAGCACUAGGUAUAGUAAUUUAUCCCUAGUCUUGUACAUUUUGGUAACAUUAUUGGUGAUGGUGUUUUGUAGUUUUUGGUAUAGACAUACAUUACUACUGAUGACAUACCAAAUGUUGAAAUAUUCUAAUGUGCUGUAGCCUGUAACAGUUCUCAGCCUUUAUCUAACUAUAUUACUAGUAGUUAAUAUAGGUUAAGAAGCAUCAAUAAUCUUGUAUUUUGAAUUAAUCUUGUUUUGUCUAGCUAGAAAUUAGUUAAUAAAUUGAACAUAUUCUAAUGAGCCUGUAGCUAACUAUAUACGAGACAAAGCCGUUCUCUUAUGGUCAGUAUGCUGAGACAAUCGCGCAGGAGCAAAACUAUUGUUGAAAAGUUGACAUUGUACAACUGUACUGCUUUUCUGGAGGUUGCCAUUGGUAAUGUUUUGAUACAAAUGGGCAACAAAAUGUUAAGUGUAUUGGGAAAAUGCUAUUCCACCUUGAGAUCAGUAGGAGAAGCAAUCUUCAGAUAUGAUUUAUUUUCAUUUAACAUUAUUUUUUCUUCGAAAAAGGUUAAAUGUCAUUUUGUUUUUGGUAAACGAAAUAUUUACACAAGGCUAUGUUUAAUUCAAACGAUAGCUCGCUAAUACAUUUUCUCAUCUAUGCCUUUAUUUUGAAUUAUAUCCAUCACGCUUUACAGGAAUUGGAUUGUAAUGAUGGUAAUGAUCAUAAUAUUAUAUGUGUAUUGAUUAUGACUUUCAGAUCCUAUAUGCUUGUACUAAGCCUCAAAUUAGGUGUGGUGACGCGCUAUGGGUUAGAUAACAUUUUGGUUCAAUUUACAGACAAGAAUGUCUUGCUGCUAUGUCUGACAUACAUUUGUUUUGGUAAUAAAUAAAUUCUUUGACGAGUUA